GACGGAAAAAACUCUCGCCCCCGCCCCCCCAUAUCUUCCCCCCACUCCCCUCCACGCUCUCCGCCCAUCGCGAUCCCCUCUCAGGUUGCCAAAAUGGAAAAGCUCAAUGGUUCUGCACGUCUUAUGAUCGUUUCAGAUCUUGACCAUACGAUGGUUGAUCAUCAUGAUGAGGAGAACUUGUCCUUGCUUAGGUUUGGCGCCCUGUGGGAAUCUGUUUACUGUCAGGAUUCUCUACUUGUAUUUUCGACUGGAAGAUCUCCUACUCUGUAUAAAGAGUUGAGGAAAGAGAAUCCUAUGUUGACUCCAGACAUCACUAUCAUGUCUGUGGGAACUGAGAUAACAUAUGGUGAGGCAAUGGUUCCUGAUGAUGGUUGGGAGGAUUAUCUUAAUAAUAAGUGGGACAGGAAUGUUGUUGUCAAGGAGACGGCUAAGUUUUCUGAGCUGAAGCUUCAGCCAGAGACAGAACAGCGUCCACAUAAGGUCAGCUUUCUUGUUGAUAAAAAGAGUGCUAAGGAAGUGGUAAAGUCUCUCUCCGAGAAUCUGGGGAAAAGUGGGCUAGAUGUUAAAAUAAUCUACAGUGGUGGCCAGGACCUUGACAUAUUACCUCAGGGUGCUGGAAAAGGUCAGGCACUUGCAUAUUUGCUCAAGAAAUUAAGCUCCUGUGGAAAACCACCCAACAAUACUCUUGUCUGCGGGGACUCUGGUAAUGAUGCAGAAUUAUUCAGCAUCCCUGAUGUACAUGGUGUCAUGGUCAGCAAUGCCCAAGAGGAACUACUUCAGUGGUAUUCAGAAAAUGCAAAGGGCAAUCCUAAAAUUAUUCACGCAACUGAGAGGUGUGCCGCUGGUAUUAUAGAAGCUAUUGGACACUUCAAACUGGGACCUAAUGUUUCUCCGAGAGAUGUGGGGUUCCCUUAUUCCAAGGAGGACCAUAUUAAACCUACGGAUGCUGUUGUAAAGUUUUAUGUUCUCUAUGAGAAGUGGCGCAGGGCUGAGGUUCCAAAAUCUGAUUCAGUCAUACAGUACUUCAAAAGUAUCACCCACGCAAAUGGAGUUUUUAUUCAACCUUCUGGGCUUGAAUGUUCUCUCAAUGCAUCCGUUGAUGCAUUGGGUUCAUGUUAUGGUGACAAGCAAGGGAAAAAAUACCGAGCGUGGGUGGACAGAUUAUUUGUCUCUCAGUCUGGUUCAGACAGUUGGCUGGUGAGAUUUGACUUGUGGGAGGCAGAAGGCGAUGUGCGGUUGUGCUGUCUGACAACUCUUGCGCUGAAUGUAAAGCCUGAAACCUCUGCGGGCUUCCUGAUAACACAUAUCCACAAAACAUGGCUCAAAGGAUACUCUUCAGCAGAUGAGGAGUUCUCCAAGCUUUAAACCCUUUUCCAGCCCAGUGCACGGGAGGAACUUACUUGAUGAUAAAUGACGAAUCUGCUCGGCUGAGAAUCUCCUUUUCUUGUUUAUAUAUUGUUAAUAACCUGUUCAAAAUACUACACUUGAGGACGCCCAAAGCUCCAUACGGUAAUGCCUCGUUGUUUUAUGUGUAAGAUAAAUGAUCUGUCUCACGACUCGUGCGAUGAUAAAGUGAACAAUCUCACAA